AUGAAGGCCGUAAAUGCUUAUAGCAAUCAAGAAUGGCUAAAUUGUGUUAAUUUAUUCCAAGAAUCUUUACAACAAUUUUGGGAAGCUUUGGAAGAUUGUAGAUCAGAAUGUGAAUAUUUAAACAACAUCAAGGAAAUUAAUGGUGGAGAUGAGCAGAAUGAGUGGAGUGUUUUUAUUACUAAAACUUAUCUCUCUGUUUUGCAAUGCAAACAAAGCUGUGUUUCUCAACUAAGUUUUCUCAAUGGUCGUUUUACAAAACAUUUGUUGCUUUCACAUUAUGAACAUUUACAUCUUUGCCAAUUUAAUUUAAAAAAUGGAAGGGAAGCUUGUCAAUCUGUGGAAAAUGCUUUAUUACUUCAACCUAAAAAUAUUGUUAUGAGAAGAAAUAAAUUAUUUUAUUUAAAUUAUUUUAAUGGAAAUGUUGGAAAUGAUGUUUCUUUGUUUCAACCUAGCAAGGAAAUUAAAAAUUUUGUAAGACGAGAGGAAAUGGAACGUCAAUUUUUACAAUUUUUAGAAAAGGAAAUGAAUGAAGAAUAUUUACUUUCUUCUUCACCUAUUGGAAAAAUACAAUUUCCACUCAAUUCUGAUGAUAAUUUAAUUGAUCAAUUUAAUUAUUCCAAAAUAUUAGAAAAUCAACUUAUUUCACAAUCAGAAUGUUUAUUUUUACGUUCUGCAGCAGAUUUCUUCCCUCAUCAUUUCCCUCAUUUUCAACGACUUUUAAUUGAUGAAUUUUUGCUUAGAAUUACUAAACUUUAUGAAAUUGAAGAAAAACCAAUUUUUGAGGGAAUUUAUUGUGUUCCUAAAGGCUUAUUUGGAAAAAGCAAUUGUGAACGUCCAACAAUUUCUCUAUCAAUAAAUAAUUUUAAUUGUGGUCAAAUGGGAGGAGGAGAAUUUACUGGAUGUGUAAUUGUAUUUUGUGAAGUGUAA